GACGCAGCAGCAGCAGCCUCCAGAUCUCCAUGUAGACCAGUGUAGUGACAUCCACAGAUCACCUGGACCUGUCCACCCAUCAGCACCCACCCAGGACAACACCCGCCUCUUUCCAAAGAAGCAAGAGAAGGAGGAGGAGGAGGAGGACGAGGGGGGUGGGUCUGUUUAUCUUUUUUUUUCUUUUCUCAGUUUUUUGGUUUUGGGAGUAGGCUCCGGGCUGGACCGCAUGCAUGACACAACGCAAAGGCGAGAAACCCACCAUCAGCAUCCAGGAGCACAUGGCCAUUGACGUGUGCCCUGGCCCCAUCCAGCCCAUCAAGCAGAUCUCUGACUACUUCCCCCGUUACCCGCGGGGCCUCCCCCCUGCUGCGACACCCCACCAAUUGGGCCUCGCCGGGCCCCUGUGCGCUGCCCUCUCCACCUCCUCGGCCACCACCUCUGCCACCGCCGCUGCCGAAAGUGACCGCCCCAAUGAGGAUAAACCAGACCGGGCUUCUGCCGGAGCCUCCGCCUCCUUACAGGCCACCAGGAGGGACGAGGAGCCUGACGUGGAGGGAUACGACUCAGAUGACUCCACUACACUGGGGACCUUGGACUUCAGUUUGCAGUAUGACCAGGAGAACAACGCGCUGCACUGCACCAUUAACAAAGCCAAGGGGCUCAAGCCGAUGGACCACAAUGGGCUUUCUGACCCCUAUGUCAAGUUGCACCUACUGCCCGGAGCCAGCAAGGCCAAUAAACUUAGAACCAAGACCCUGCACAAUACACUCAACCCUGUCUGGAGCGAGACCCUGACCUACUACGGCAUCACCGACGAGGAUAUGGUCCGCAAAACACUCAGGAUUUCAGUGUGUGAUGAGGACAAAUUCCGACACAACGAGUUUAUCGGGGAAACACGAAUCCCCCUCAAGAAGCUGAAGCCCAACCAAAUCAAAAACUUCAACAACUGCCUGGAGAAACAGCUACCUGUCAACAAGACGGAAGACAAGUCCCUGGAGGAACGAGGACGCAUCAUGAUUUCUCUAAAGUACAACACCCUGAAGUCUUGUCUCGUCGUGGGCAUCAUACGCUGCGCUCACCUCGCUGCCAUGGACGCCAAUGGCUUCUCUGACCCCUACGUCAAAACGUACCUGAAGCCUGACGAGAACAAAAAGUCAAAGCACAAGACUGCUGUGAAAAAGAAGACGCUCAAUCCAGAGUUCAACGAGGAGUUCUGUUACGACAUAAAAUAUGCAGACCUCACCAAAAAGACCUUGGAGGUGACCGUGUGGGACUACGACAUCGGAAAGUCCAACGACUUCAUAGGUGGUGUAUCUCUGGGUAUCAAUGCAAAUGGAGAAAGGCUCAAACACUGGUUUGACUGCCUUAAAAACAAGGACAAGAAAAUUGAGCGCUGGCACACGUUGACCAAUGAAUUACCUGGUUCAUUAAAUGACUGAAGACUCACAUUCUGUCAUCCAACCUGUUGGCCCCCCCACCCCACCCCACCCCCGGCUGCACCAGAUUGGACUCCUGCCUUCAUUUUCCUAAUCCCUCCUCCUCCCAAAUCUUCUUCUCUGGAUUUUGGCCACAGCGACCUGUGACACCUCUUUGGGAAUAUAUUUCCUUACAACAGGGCUCAGUUAAAAUAUGCUUAUGUUUUUGUUCACAUGUACAAUAGGGGUUGCACAGCUGCUCAUUUAUUUUUUCUUUAAAAGAGAAAUAUAAUCAAGAAAAUGAAUCACAAGUAUUGUUGGCUUACAUUUAAAGCUUUAUAACUUUGAUUUCUUAUCAGACCAGUGAAGACAAAAUGAGCAAAUGCUUUCAUUGAUGAGAUCUCUUACAGCAGCUAAAUGAUUUACCAAUGAUUCACCAGUCCCCGACACAGCACAAACAAAGCCUUCAUACGAUCAUCUUGGUGGUAGAAUGAGUGGAGAAUCUAACAAAGGAUGUAGCAACAUUUUACACUGUUGGAAUAUGCAGAAAUGUUUAGUGGAAUAGUUCUCAUUUCGAUAACUCAAGAUGUUGCACUUUUAUAUGAAUGUAAAACUGUGGGGUGGUGAAGGUCCUGUUGUCGUUGACCCCCCAUGUAAAUGGCUCCCACACAACGGACCAACUACAAGCAGUUUGUUUUAAAAAACUGGAGCUUUUAUCCUUUACUUUGACUCAUUGGGCCAGGUGAGAACAACGCCAUGACUCCCCUUAAAAUACUGUGCAAGUUAAGGCCUCAGUAUGCUUUAAACAGACUGCCCAAGACUGUCCCCCAAGAAAAAACAAC